GAGAAGGACAAGAUGAAGUUUACAGUCAAUUUAGCUCAGAGAACAUGUAGUUGCAGGUAUUGGCAACUUUCAGGACUUCCAUGUUGCCAUGCAAUCAGUGCUAUCUACAAGUCCUCAAAAAAUUUGGACGACUUUAUAAAUCCAUGUUACUCAAUCACAGAGUACUUGAAAACCUACCAGUUCUGUUUGCAACCUGUAGAAGGCCAGGAGAGUUGGCCAGUUUCUAAAAUGCCAAGGCCAUAUCCUCCUGCUUAUGUAAAGAUGCCUGGAAGAAAGAAGACCAAGAGAACAAGGGAGGUAGGUGAGAAGCCUGCUGGAACAAAGAUAAGCAAGGUUGGAGUCAAGAUGGCAUGCAGCCUUUGCAAGAAAACAACUCACAACAUUAGAAAAUGCCCUUACAACAAGCAAGCAGGCAAGAGGAAAAAUGCACACAUCAAAAGAGAUGCUAAGAGGCAGAGAAAGCAAAAUGAGGCUGCAACAUCUACUCCUGGCCCAAGUGUACAACCUCAGGGACAGCCAAGGCCUGCACCGAGAGCAGCACCGGCUCAUCAAGCGCCGAGAGCAGCACCAGUUCAUCAAGCCCCGAGAGCAGCACCAGUUCAUCAAUCCCCGGCAGCACCGGUUCAUCAAGCCAUGAAAAGCAUCCCGCGUAGGAGUGGAGGCCUUCAGUACCUGUUGUUUGGUGAUAACUACUGAAUGUGCAA